ACUUUGUUUUUGCUCUUGAUGCAGACGCCAGUGUCAGCACCUCACAUUAGAGCGAGCUCUCUCCUCUGGAUGAGAUGGCCGCUGAGGAAUUUGAAGGUGGAAUGGUGGCGGUCUGCGUGAUCCUGGGCCUGUCCUUUUUGAUCGGCACCCCCGGAAAUCUGCUGGUGAUUUGGACCAUCCUGCGCCACGUCAAGCAACGCUCGCACACGGUGGUGCUGAUUCUUCACCUGGCGGCCGCCGAUCUGCUGGUGCUCGUCACCCUGCCCUUAUGGAUCUACUCAUUGGUCCACUCUUGGGUGUUUGGAGAGGUCACCUGCAAAGUCAUGGGUUUCAUGAUCCAUUCCUGUAUGUACGGCAGCGUUUUUCUCAUUACCCUCAUGAGCGUGGAACGUUUUUUGGCCGUGCGCUAUCCCUUCGCCUCGGCCGGAUGGAAGAGGCAAAAGGCCCUGAGUAAAGCCUUGAUGUGUCUGUGGACUGCGGCCUUCUUGUUCAGUGUGCCCGCACUCCUCACACGGGUUGUUGGUGAGGAUUCAGGAGAGGAGCACUGUUUGUACAACCAGUACUCUUCAACCACUCAGGAGCUGCUGUGUGUGCUGCUGGAGACUCUGGUAGGCUACGUUUUGCCGUUCUCCAUCCUGGUGGUUUGCUACGGCUGCCUGUGCACCCGCAUUACUCAAAUGACCUUCAAGUCCAAACGCAAGUCUACGGUUCUCAUUGCCAGUGUGGUGGUGGUGUUCGCCAUUUGCUGGACACCCUACCACAUAGGAAACAUACUCUCGCUGAUUAUCCUCGCCACGGAGACGUCCUUCCCGCAGGUCGGAGAGCAUUUGGAGAAUGCGCGAAACAACAUGACCUACAUCAGCGGAGCCAUGGUCUUUAUCAGCAGCUCCAUCAACCCGGUUCUCUACAUGUUUGCCGCCCGUUCCUUCCGCAGCUCUUUGCGGGAGACGGGCAUCGGGAAGCUCUUCCAGCACAUCUCCAGCACCUCUCCAGGUGAGGGCAGCAGGGAAUUCUCCUUUGUGUCCAAGAGACAGAACAGAACAGAUCAGACCAGCAGCUCUCACUGUGACUCGGAGACAAAAGAGCAAACUAACAUUUGUGAAAACAACCCAUCAUAGCCAUGUGAACUAAUACUCUAUGGAACUGCUUGUACAUACCAAUAUAUCCCUGUUUUUACUUUAAUGCAUCUGAAAUGUAACUAUUUACGAGUACAUGUAUUGCCAUGGAAAUAAAGUACAGUCAUAUUUUGAUUCCCACCA